GUAGACCGGUAAACCUCAACAGGGUCUAGAUUCUAGAUUUAUAACAUAUCUACAUUUGUUUAAAAGAUUUGAAUAAAUAAAAACAUAUUUAGCUAUUACAUUACAUGUAUUAAUACUUGUAGGUCUAUAAGUAGAUAAUAGCUCAAAUUUCACAAAGGGGCGUGUCAGUGCAGCUACGUCAUUCUAACACCUUGAUCGGUCUAUACGGGGCGUAUCAAGAAAUGGCAACAGCAGUCAUAGUCAAGAAGGUGUGUGAAUUUGGCGCCAAGUGUUACCGCAAAAACAAGCAGCACAGGGAAGACUAUUCUCACCCAGACCAGUCAACUACCGACAAGCCGCGUCUGGUCCAUGACAUAAGUGUAAAUGAAGACGACCCACCAAGGUUAACCAGAAGGACAUCUAAAAGAAAGCUCGAGGAGGAAGCAAAUCGAACUGCUCCCACACCUUCCAAUGAGGUGUCCAACUCAACCGCAACUGCAUCUGCCAAAAUCUCGACAUUAGCAGGAGGUUCUCCAAAGAAGAAAACUAAAACAAGUGACACUAGUGAAGAGAAAAUUACAGUCAACUACUGCACAAAGAAGAAAGAGAACAGCUCAGCCAGAGAGAAAGAAAAUGACAAGGGUGAAAACUCUGCUACUGUCACAAACACGCCCAAGACUAUCCCAAAGACAAUUAAAUACGAAGAAAGAAGAGAAAAGUGUGAGUACUGGGAGAAAUGUUACCGAAACAGCGAGGAUCACAAAAAGCAGUUUUAUCACCCAAACGAUAAAGAAGAUAAAUCUGGAGAUAUUAAAGAAGAUGGGAAGACUCCUAUAAAUCCACUUGAAGAUGGUGGAACGGUAGAGUUUAAUUCUGGCUAUAAACUGACUCGAGAUGGAGAUAUUUAUAGCUGCACAUGCAAAGGUUUUCUUAGUCAGCGGAAACCUAUAAAUGAAAGAACCUGCAAACACUUGAAAGAAUAUCUUGGCGAAGAAUUUGAGAAAUGUCGCCAAAAGGCCAACCACGUGCCUAGGCCAUCGGGGAUACAAUCUCAUAUAAACGUCAGCCUUUUGUUAGCCCACAAAUAUGAUGAAAAAGUUCAUAAUCCUGUUGGUUGGUGGAUUAGUGAGAAGUUGGAUGGAGUUAGAGCUUUCUGGAAUGGAAGGUGUUUUUACUCAAGACUGGGCAAUGCAUUUUAUGCGCCUGCUUGGUUUACUAAAGAUCUUCCAAAAGACAUGCAUUUAGAUGGUGAACUCUUCGGUGGGCGGGGAGAGUUUCAGUCUACUGUUAGCAUAGUCAAGACAGCAGAAAGUCCGAAAUGGAAAGAUAUUAAAUAUCAUGUCUUUGAUUCUCCUCACAUGGGCAAAGAAGUAUUUGAAAAAAGAAUGCAUCUGAUAAAAGAAUAUUUUGAAGAUGUUCAGCCAGAACAUGCAGUGUUUGUUGAGCAAACAAAAUGUAAAAGUAAAGAACAUUUAGAAGAGAAGAUGACAAGAAUUUUGAACCUUGGGGGAGAGGGCCUCAUGAUUCGACAGCCCAAAUCAGUUUAUGAAGCUUGUAGAUCCAAAACUUUGCUUAAGAUUAAGAAGUUUUAUGAUGCUGAGGCUAUUGUAAUAGGGCACGAAGCAGGCAAGGGAUCAAACCAACACAGAUGUGGAGCUCUGAGGUGUAAGAUGGCUUGUGGAAAAGAAUUCUCAGUAGGAUCAGGAUUAACCAACAAAGACAGGGACCAUCCCCCAAAGAUUGGAACCAUUAUUACAUACAAGUUUCAAGAGCUUAGCAAAGGUGGCUCCCCCAGGUUUCCUACAUUUCUGGGUAUAUGCAUUGACAAAACUGAACCUAAAGAUGCUGAGAUUAGAGAGGUUCUGAAUGAGGAUGAAGUCUAAAUCUCUAAAUGUCUUCAUUUUGGUGCUCCAUACAUUUUUUUGUUCUAUGUUUGUUAGCCAUAAUGCUAAGGAAAAAAGCUCCUAAUAUGAUCUACAACUGAACGUCUGUUACUACUUGCUGACUCAAUCCUUUUCCUAUAGCCUGAUCUUUAUAACACAAUCAUCCAACCCUCUUCCAAAAUGUCACUUGAACGAUCAAAGGGGUCUGUUUACACUUAAUAUAAAUAGGGCACAUGCUGGGAUUGCAAGGGAAGCAUAGAAAAUUUUUUUUUUUACUCAGAAAUUAUAAAAGAAUCAGAAGAAAAGAAAAGGUAAUUGAUUAAUGCAUGUUAUUAAUGAGAGUUUUAUUAUAGAGUAUGUCAACAAACACUAUGGAUUAUAUAUUGAGUCUGUCAACAAUUCCUUAUACAUCCUUUUAUUGAUUUACUGUUUGUAACCUGUCAAAGUGAUACUAUUUCUUUUUUUUUUUUGUGUCAAAGUGAUACUGUUGUUUAUAUACAAUAAUAUUUAUUUAGAACAAAGUGUGAUAAUUUUUUCUAAAUUUGUGAUACAAUCAUAUUAUAGUUUCCUUCAUUUUAAAAUGCAAAGACAUUUACAUGUACUGUGAUAUAAUUUGUAUUCUUAUAAUGUCAUAAAGUUGUUUGUUUUUUGUGAUAUGUAAAUAUAAUUCAUCUAAUUCGGAUUAAGAUAUUGAUUGUGAUAAAAAAUUAUAUAUCUUAUCAGGCUGUUCGGAUAAAUGAAAUUUACUAGUUUUGAUAAAAGAAUAAAAGUGGCAUUCAUUUAAUGAAAUUUACUUUUUAUAUAUAUACUGUACAUUUUAAAUUAUAAAUGUAAAAAUGUUUUUUUAUUUGCAUAAUAAUAGCACCAUACUAUUGAUUGUGAUUU